AGAGGUGGUAGGUUCAGGGUAAAAUAUUAAUUCCCUCAUUUAGAAUUUAAAGUCAAGGGCACAUGUGCAUGAGACCUGAAAUACCAAGUGGGCAGGAGGAACCUCAGCAUUUCCCAUGCCAGCUGCGUGCCUGGGGCUGGGCCUCACAUGCCAUCUUAAUAAUACUCCAGCCCUGGGCAGUAGUGACUGAAAGUUACCUCCAUCGGAGGACUCUUUUUUUUGCCGAGGGUGACAUGAAUUUGGUGGAUCUCAAAUCAUUUCACAGCAUGGAAAGCAACCAUGUCACAACUGGCUUUAAGUGGGUGCCCCAGUCAGUCAAGAGUCCAAACAUCACAGAGUCUGAACUGUUACCUCUGACAGAAUCUCCAGGGGAGCACAGUGGCUGUUGGCAGGGGGCAGAUGAAGCUUUGGAUAGAGUGGGCUGCACUGGCUGUGGGUUUUCUCUCACCGAGGAUGGUGUCCCAAAAGCCUUCUAAACCUAGUGUAACAUUUCAAUGGCUACCCAGAUGACUGAUGGUCAUCGACGGUUCCUGCAGGUGCUGAUGUCCCAUGGAAUAAUGGAAGGGUCGGUGGCUAGAACAUUACACAGGGACUGCUGUGAAAUCCAUAAAGUCUACUAUGCUCAUGAUAAAUUGGAUGACUUCAUCAACGUUGUUAACAUCCAUCUACAGCCUUUCUUUAUGCAGAUCCGGAAGGGAAUGUCUGAAGAUGAUGGGAGAACAUAUUACGCAUUGGUGAAUCUGGCAGAAACUGAAAUAUCUAAGAUGGCAUCUGACUAUACAGAAAAUGAGUUAGAAUUGUUCAGAAAAACUAUGGAUGUGAUCAUCAUAUCAGAAAGUGGCUUUGCAUCUUCCACAAAUAUUUUAAACCUGGCUGACCAACUUAAAACAAAGAAAAUGAAGAAAAAGGAAGCAGAGCAAGUGCUGCAGAAUUUGGUGCAGGAGAAGUGGCUCUCUGAACGAGAUGGGGAGUACACGUUGCACACUCGCUGCAUAAUGGAGAUGGAGCAAUACAUCCUCAGCAACUACCAAGACUUGGUGAGGAAAUGUAACAUCUGUCACAGCCUCGCCAUCCAGAGUCAAGUAUGUGAAACCUGUGGAAUUGGAAUGCACUUGCCUUGUGCUGGAAAAUAUUUCAAAGCUCAGACGGAACCACACUGUCCCCACUGCAAUGAGUUUUGGCCACAUGAGAUUCCAGAGAUAAAUCGGCCAGAUUCCCAGUUGCCUUCAAGUGCCCCAAGGGAGAGGAGAAGAACCUCAUCUUCAGGAACAAGGCGGCGUUAGAAAGACCAGCUUCAGUUAGAGCGGCCAUUUUCUUUCACUGUCUUAAAGAUUAGCCCAAUUGCAGUUUACUUCGUUAGUGUAAAAUGUGUCAUUCUGAAAGUAGGAAUGCCUAGGGAACAAAGUCAACUUUCUUUUUAUGGUUUGUUUUUACUUAGCUAAAAUCUUGCUCGAAGUUUGAAAAUAAAACUGUUCUGACCUUGGCCUCCCUGCUCAAAGGUCUUGCUUCGUUCCAGCACUGUUAAGAAGGUCAGCAUAGCUGUAGUGGAGGCUGUCAUGGUAUGUGUACAUACCUACCAUUAUUGCCAAAGGGGGGGUGGGGCAUUACACCUGUGUAGGAAUGGGAGAUUUGACUGCUGCUGCCUCGGCUGUGUAAGCUGAUCCACAUAGACAGACCUUUAUACCAUGCCCAGUCCUGUUAAAUUAAAUGGGGUCCUGCCCAGGUGCAGGGAUCCAUCUGCACAGGUCUGAACGUGCAACUGGGACAGGAGAGCUCAGUGCUGGGGAGUUUGUGCAAAUCCUCCAAAAAUAAAACUUUUUAAAAGAGA